CUCAAAAUCUCAAAACAUUUAUAAAUAGCAAGCAUUUCCUUCCAAAAUGUACAAAUGCAACAAAAAGUUUAGUAUAUAAAUCAAGAACAAGAUCAUUAACUCUUGUUCUAAGUUUUUUUCGAGCUAGACGGAGAUUGACCCUCGAGUGCAAUAAGGUAGAAGGGAGUUUGACUGCAUGACUCUUUCGAGAGUAACAAGGCAGAAGGGAGUUUGACUGCAAGAUCGAGUAUAAGAUGAAAAGGCAAAGAGGUAGUAAGAAGAUGGUAAAUAAUUAUGGGGAGAUGAAAAAGGUCAAAAGGGUUGUUGAGAAACAAAGUGAAGAAGUGAAAAUAGAGGAAGAACAUAGGGAAAAUAAUGAUGGAGGAGAUGUUGUGAAGGAGGUGGAGUUGAUAGGUGAGUGUGAUAAUUGGAUUAAUGAAUGGCUUUGUUCAUGGAGUAAUGUUGUGGAUGAGCAAAUGUCAUGGGGAACAUGUUGGUCACCUGUUUGGGAUAUGGAGUUCUUGGGAGAAGCUUAUAAUAACUUGUAUAAUGAUGUUUUGUGGGAUGAUGAUGUUUGGGAUUUAAAUGCCAUCAAGGAAGUUCCAAGUUAAUAGAAAAAGGAUACAUGUGUGUAUUUUGAUCUUUGUAAGUGUAGUUUUUCUUUUUUACAAAAGCGAAGUUAUAAAAAGUUUGAAUCUUAAUGGAUCAUGACAUCUAAUGUUGCUUAA